AUGGCUAUCGCUCCAAUUCAAGGUUUCAUGAAAAGAAGAAUCAUCACAGACAUCUCGAUCGGUAUCGGCUCUGGUCUAUUCUUUGGAAGUCUGUGGUGGUGGGGAUACCACAAGCCGGCUGUUGCUAAGAGAGAAGCAUACUAUGCUGAGUUGGCCAAGAAGAAGGAGAUUGAAGAUUCUGCUUAAACCUAAUGG